AUGGCGACAGUAUCUUGGUACUACACUUGGUCGCCUACUCCUAGUAUGAAGAACCCUCCUUCGAAUAUUACUUUUUGCCCCAUGCUCUGGGGACACAAACAUGUGAACUCGUUCCGUAAAAAUGUGCUGGACAACCCCGACGCCGAGCAGAAUCGUGAUAAAUGCAUUCUGGCUAUGAACGAGGUCAACCAGAAAGGCCAGGCCGACAUGAGCGUGAGCGAUGCCUGCAAUCUUAUGCGUGAAAAUAUCGUGCCUCUCAAGCAGGACCACGACUUUUACGUGGUUGCGCCCUCUACAACUAAUGCCCCAAGCGGCAAGAAAUGGAUGAACAAUUUCCGUCAGCAAUGCUCGGAUGUCUGGGACUCCAUUGACGCCAUGUCCGUCCACUACUACGAUACCAAUGUAACUGCCUUCAAGGAAUACGUGCAAGACUGGCAUGAGACGUACGACAAGCCUAUCUGGGUGACAGAGUACGCCUGCCAGAACUUCAACGGUGGCCAACAGUGUUCUGACCUGGAAACAUUCCUUUUCCACAAGGAAAUGUCGUCUUGGUUUGACCAACAGAGCUUUGUGGAAGCAUAUGCGCCCUUUGGUGUUAUGCAACAAAUGCAGGGUGUGAACCCGAAUAACCAGUUGACGAGCAACGGAUCGCCAAACAUAUUGUUUGACGCAAUCGCAUCGCGCUGA